AUGAUUAUUGUAGUUUUUAUGCUGUUUUGGAUUUGGUAUUUGAUGAGCGUUGUUACAAUUAGAGGGGCUCAAAUCAAUGAAAGGAAAAGGAAUAGGAAAUUGUUACGCUCAUUAUUUUUGAGUCACUUAAUAAGACAGAGUGAUGUAAGCUGUAAAAGUGAGCUUCGUGUCAAUAGACGUACUUUUAAUAUUAUUUGUGAGAUGCUUAGAGAUAUAGGAGGUUUAAGUGGAACAAGAAAUAUGACUCUUCAAGAGAUAGUUGCAAUGUUUUUGUACACAUUGGCUCAUCAUCAAAAUAAUAGGUCAAUUGGAAAUCUCUUUUUAAGAAGUGGGGAAACAGUGAGUCGACAAUUUAACCUAUGUCUAAGGGCUAUUUUGAAGUUGCAUGAACACUUAUUGCACAAGCCUAUAGCGAUAUCUGAUGAAUGUGAAGAUGAAAGGUGGCAACCUUUCAAGAGUUGUCUAGGAGCGCUAGAUGGUACCUAUAUUAACGUAAGAGUGACUUCACAAGAAAGGGGAAAAUAUCGAACAAGGAAAGGCACAAUUGCUAUGAAUGUUUUAGGUGCUUGUGCACCUAAUAUGGAAUUUAUUUAUGUGCUUCCGGGGUGGGAAGGAUCAGCCCAUGAUGUACGUGUCCUUCUUAAUGCUCUCUCUAGGCCAAAUGGUCUUAGGGUACCUCGAGGUAAUUAUUAUUUGGUUGAUGCGAGCUACACUAAUUGCGACGGAUUUCUCGCUCCAUAUAGGGGGAAACGAUAUCACCUUAAAGAGUGGACAGAUAAACAACCUGAAAGUGCCGAGGAAUAUUUUAAUAUGAAACAUGCUAGGGCAAGAAAUGUGGUAGAGAGGUGUUUUGGUUUACUUAAAGGGAGAUGGAGCACACUUAGGAGUCCCUCGUUUUUUCCUAUACGCACCCAAGGUCGUAUCGUGAUGGCUUGUUGUUUACUACAUAACUUAAUUAGAAGAGUCAUGCCUAUUGAUGAUAUAGAGGAAGAAGAGUUGAGUGAAGAUUUCGAUGAUGAUUCUGAUGAUGAACCCGAAUAUAUUACAAGUGUUGCAACUUCAGAUCAGUGGACCAAUUUUAGAAACAAACUAGCACAAGAUAUGUUUAAUGGGUGGAGGGCAAGAGGUAGAAGAGUUUAG